GGAUGGGUCUUCAGGACGUUUUAAUUGGAAGAAGUCUUGUGGUUUGUUUGUACGCUCUUGGCAGUUAAGGAUCACAUAAACAUCGCUUGUGAUUUGCUCGUCGUAAGGUCAACAUUUGGAAUAAUUUUCCCAAUUAGGAUUCUCUUUAACUGCACGAAGCUUUCUAUCUGUACUGACAGGAAAGGAUACGCUAAGGAGGAUGAACUGCGAAAGGAAAUUUCAUUGGCGUUAAACAUAACCAUAUAUCCAUGAUACGAUGGACUGGAGCGACGAAUGUGCUCUCACACAGUAAUUAGUAAGGCGCGAGAUACAAAACUGUUUACAGUUCGCGGUUCAAAAGUUUGAUCAGGAUUUUCUUUUACAUCGACUUGGACACACAAUUAUGUCUUAUAUUCCUCCACCAACACCGACCUUCGAAAAAGACAGGAUAAGAGCGUUGAAAAAUGAACGAAUCAACUCUCAAAAGAAAACUUUCACUAAGUGGGUUAAUUCCUUUCUUGACAAGCACAACAGCCAUGUAGAUGACCUAUUCACUGACCUAUCUGAUGGCAGAUUAUUAAUUUCUCUUCUUGAGAUUAUUUCUGGUGAAAAACUGGGAAAAAUUGCUCGUGGAAAGCUUAGGGUGCAUAAGAUUGAAAAUGUGAACAAAGCCCUUGAAUUUCUACAGCGCUCUGUGAAGCUUGAGAGCAUUGGAGCAGAAGAUAUAGUGGAUGGCAAUGAACGUUUAAUCCUAGCUGUGAUUUGGAUGAUUAUUCUGCGAUUCCAAAUUGCAGAUAUUUCCUAUCAGGAUGAAAUGUCUCAGGAGAAAAAGUCUGCCAAAGAGGCCCUCCUGCUUUGGUGUCAAAGAAUGACAAGAGGGUAUCCUGGAGUUGACAUCCAAAAUUUUACCACAAGCUGGAGAAAUGGUUUGGCUUUUAAUGCUCUCAUUCAUAAACACAGACCUGAUAUAAUAAACUAUGGUACCCUACGCCCCAGCCAGCAUGAGGCAAACUUGAACAAUGCUUUCAAUGUUGCGGAGGAGAGAUUAGGAAUUGCCAAACUAUUGGAUGCAGAAGAUGUGGACUGCCCACGGCCAGAUGAGAAGUCCAUCAUGACAUAUGUGUCAAUGUAUUAUCAAUAUUUUGCCAAAAUGAAGACAGAAGAAACAGGAGGAAGACGUAUUGCAAAGAUCCUUGGGAUUUUAAUGGAGGUGGAACAGAUGGAGAAGACGUAUGAACAGAUGGUGUCAGACUUGUUAAACUGGCUUAACACUAAGAUUGUAGAGCUUGGUAGGCCAUUCCAGAAGUCUAUGGUAGCAGUUCAGAGGGAGAUGGCAUUAUUUAAGCAUUUCAGAACAGUUGAAAAGCCACCAAAAUACUCAGAACGAGUGAAUAUCGAAGCCCACCUCUUUAGCUUACAAACGAAACGAAAGGGUAACAAUCAACAACCUUACAUACCCCCUGAGGGUAAAUUGGUGAUGGACAUCAACAGGGCGUGGCAGGUUAUGGAGAGUGCUGAACAUGACAGAGAAAUGGCACUACGCCAGGAAUUGAUAAGGCAAGAGAUGCUUGAAAAACUAGCUGACAAGUUCGAAAGAAAGGCUUCCCUUCGCGAGUCUUGGUUGGAUGAUAUGAUGCAUGUUCUGGAAGGAGAGGCAUUGGGUCAAGACGCGGCGACCGUAGAGGCGGCUUUUAAACGACAUGAAGCCAUAAGUACCGACGUCAAGGCCAGGGAAGAACGUUUUCAAAUGGUCUUUGACCUGGCCCAGGAACUAAUUGAUGAAGAUUACCACAGAUCUGAUGUUAUCAGUGCAAGAGAAGAGGUUAUUAUGACCAAAUGGGACAAGCUGAUCGGUAUGUUAGAGGCGAAGCGUUCAACUCUGGUGGGUUUUAAGGAUCUUGUCGGUUUGUUCAGAGAAAUGGAUGGUGCACACGGUGACAUGCAGGAUAUUGAGUCGGCUGUGAGAUCUGAGGACUAUGGCAAGCAUCUGUUAGAUGUGGAAAAUCUUCUCCACAAGCACAGUUUAAUUGAAUCGCAAAUUCAAUCUCAAGGAGAAAGUGUCCAGAGAAUCAACAACGUGGCGCAGAGAUUUAUCAAAGCAAAGCAUCCAGAAAGUCGGGUCAUCAAAGAAAGACAGUCACUUCUUGCUCAAGCAUUUGAGGCGUUAAUUCAGCUGGGAAAGGAGCGUCGCGCAAGGCUUGAAGAUUCCCUGAGACUUUACAAAUUCUUUGGAGACAUGGAGGAAGAGGAGAUGUUCGUCAAAGAAACGGAAAAAGUCCUCUCUUCAAAAGAUGUUGGAAACGAUCUGAUAAGCUUGACAAGACUCCAACAGAAACACAAGGCUCUAGAAGCAGAGUUAAGUGGCCGUUUUGCGCAUUGUGAAACAGUCUGCGCCAAAGGGCAGUCGCUCGUUGACAGAAGUCACUACGCUUCUAAAGAGAUCAGAGCAAAGAUUAAACAGCUGCAGAACAACUGGAUGAAACUAAGAGAACUUUUAAUCACAAGAUCAGAGAGAUUAAAAGAUGCUGCACAAUCGUUACAGUAUUACUCAGAUUCUAAUGACGCGGAAUCUUGGAUGAAAGAGAAAAUGUACGUCGCGAGCAGUGAAGAUUAUGGCAGGGACGAACAGAGUGCAAUGUCCUUGCUGCAGCGACACACGAACGUGAUAGACGAGAUUAAAGGUUUUGCUGAUGACAUGAAUCGCUUGAGGGAACAAAGUAAACUGAUGGAGAGUAACGAACAGGCGGUUCAGACAAAGGUGGAACUGUAUGAAGAGGAAGCUGAGGUGGAGACAGACGAAGAAGUCGAGGAAACCGUAGAAAGAGAAGUUAUGAAAGACGUUGUACAGGAAAUUAAAGUCCCACAAGUAAAAGCUCUGCACCCAUUUGCCGGACAAGGGCUUAAAAUUACCAAGGGAGAGGUAUUCUUUUUGAUUUCAAAGACGAACAAAGAUUGGUGGAGUGUGAGGCGUUUGACCUCCAAAGAAGCAGGUUACGUCCCUGCUAACUACGUUAAAGAGAUUGAGGCCAGGACAGUAAAGAAAACGACAAAACAGAAGGUCAUCGUUCCCGAGAAGGUUUUGGUAAAACGAAAAGUGAAGAAGAAAGUCAAGAUUCAGAAGCAAAGGGAAGUGAAAGUCAAAACUCCUGAAAAGAAAGGAAAAUCUCGCCGACCAGUUAGACGUCAUUUCACGGCCCAUUUUGAUCGCGACAACGUUGCUACGCGUCAGAUCUCACUGCAGAACAUGUACUCAAGACUGGUGGAAAUGGCCGAGAUUCGCCGUGAGAAUCUGGAGAACUCCAUCAAAUAUUUUCACUUCAGUCAUGAAUGUGAUGAUAUCGAGUUUUGGAUGAAAAACAAGGAAAGUCAGCUUACUUACAACAGUGCGUCUGAAUCAGACAACGACAUUCAUGUCAUCCGCAAAAAUAUUGAGGGUCUCACGACAGAGCUAACAGCUAACAGCAACCGUAUAGCUGAGAUAAACUCGUUAGCAGAUCAGCUGAUAGACACGGAUCACAGGCAUUCGGCUGCAGUGAAGAAAAGGAGGAAAGACAUAAACGACAUGUGGGAAAAUCUUCAGCGCUUAAAAAAAGCCAAAGAAGAGGAACUGCGUGAAAAACAUGGGGUCGAGUUGUUCUUUGACUCUUGUGAAGAGAUGAAGUCCUGGAUUCAAGAGAAGGAUGCCAUUUUGUCCGAUGGAGACGUUGGGCGAGAUUUGGAGACUGUUAGAGCUUUACAGAGGAGACACCAAGGUUUCGAAAGAGAUCUCGCUGCUGUGGAAGAAAAACUUGUAAAGUUACAGGACCAAGCAAAAUCCCUUGUUUCCCAUCAUCCUCGACAAGCUCGUCAGAUCAAAGCUAAAGAAGCGGAAAUUAUUGGAUUAUGGAAUGGCUUGAAGGGUAAAGCAAGUAAAAGAAAGAAUGUUCUGGAUGAAGCGUACGGUCAGCAGGGCUUCCUUGCUGAUUCAAGAGAUCUGUUAUCCUGGGCCUCAGACAUGCGUGAGUCACUUAGAAUUGGAGACACACCGAAAGACGUGAACAGCGCCAAACAACUUCUUCAAGAACACGAAGGAAAGUGGGAAGAUAUUCAAACCCACAACGACAGAUUUGACCAGUUAAUAGAAUAUGGUCAGCGGAUGGUCGCCUCAAACCCACGAGUGAGACAGCUAAAGGACAGAGUAGCAGCUUUGAAGAAAGAGAAGGCAGCACUGAAGGACACUUGGGUUGAAAGGAAUGAGGCAUUAAACGAAGGCCAAGAUUUGCAGGCGUUCAUCCGAGAUGCGGAAUACGUAGAUUCCUUGUCAGCUUCCCAUGAGGCAUUUCUCUCUAAUGAUGAUCUCGGGGAUUCUGUGGAUGAUGUUCUAAUGCUCCUGAAACAACAUGAGAAUUUUGAGAAGACGCUGACAGCACAGGAAGAGAAGCUACACUCGUUAAAUGAUAUGGCGAACAGCUUGGUCACCGCUGGUCACCGCGACAGACAAUGGAUUUCAAAACGGAAAGACGAAGUCCUCAAAAGAAGACAGAAUGUCAAACAACUGGCUGCUAAGAGACGACAAGCUUUAAAGCAAUCUCAACUGCUUCAGAACUUCAAGAGAGAUACACAAGAGUUUGAGGCUUGGAUUCAAGAAAAACUUCAGAUUGCCACAGACGAAUCUUUUAGAGAUUUGACCAACAUACAGAGAAAACUUCAGAGACACCAGGCAUUUGAAGCCGAAAUCGCAGCCAACAAAGGUGGCUUCGAUAGUGUGAACGUGAGUGGGAAGAAGUUGAUUCGCGAAGGGCAUUAUGGUUCUAAAGAAAUCAAGGACUUAUUGGGAAGGUUAAAUGAAAGUUGGAGCGAGUUAGUCAGCAAGUCCGCCGAUAAAGGUUCCAGAUUACAGCAGGCUCAGCAGCAGCAACAGUUCAACCGAGCUAUGGAAGACGUCAAGGUUUGGAUGAAUGAAGUUGAAACACUAAUGUCCCUUGAAGAUCUGGGCCAUGACUUGUCUAGUGUCAAGUUCCUCCUCAAGAAACACCAAGGAGUGGAGGCUGAUAUCGAGGUUCACGACGCUCAGAUCCAAUCCCUUUGCGACCAAGCCCAGGUCUUGAUCGAAGAUGGUCAUUUUGAUGCGGGGAAGAUUGAGCAGGCAACAGAGAAUGUAUUGCAAAGAUUUGACGAACUGAAAGAACUGUCCUCCAACCGUCAGUCACAACUUGAAGACUCACUCGGUCUUCACCAGUUCUUUUAUGACAUUGAAAUGGAGAUGGCCUGGAUACGAGAGCACAUGACUAUGGCAACCUCGGAGGACCUGGGUACGAGUUUAAUUGGAGUUCAAAGACUACGGAAAAGACACUUGGCACUGGAAAAUGAACUUUCCAACCAUCAAUUUCGUAUCGACACUGUGUUAGCUUCCGGUCAGGAUUUGAUCGACAGCAAUCAUUACGCAGCCGAUGAAAUAGAAGAAAGAUGCGAGGAACUGAACGAGAGUUGGGAACUACUCAUGAAGGCUGCCGCUGAGCGAAAACAAAGACUUAGCGACGCUCUGGAAUCACAGAAGUACUUUACAGAGGCUAAUGAAGCGGACUCUUGGAUGAAUGAUAAGGCUGGUCUGGCAGCCAAUCAGGAUUACGGAAAGGACGAGCUAUCCGCCGAAAAGCUGCUGACCAGGCACACUGCUUUACAAACAGCAGUAGAUACCUAUAGUCCGAUCAUCCAAGGUCUGGGCGAGCAGGCGAGGAAACUGGUGCAGAGUGGUCACUUUGCGGCUGAAAAGAUUGCCUCCAGACAGCGUGACAUAGAGGAACAGUUUUUAGGGCUGCAGACGCUGACCAAUACGCGCCUUCAAAGACUGGAAGAGUCCAAGAAACUACAUCAGUACCUGCGUGAAGUGAAUGAAACCUCUGAGUGGAUUACAGAACAGCUUCAUGCUGCUUCGGCUGAGGAUUAUGGGAAAGAUUUUGAGCAUUUGGAGGUGAUUCAAAGGAAGUUUGAGGACUUUCAACGCAGCGUCAUGGCUAAAGCUGAACGAUUUAGCGAAGUGGACAACUUUGCCAAACGUCUUGUGGCUGAAGGUCACACUGACACAGUGAUCAUCAAAGAACAACAAGAUAUUCUGAGAUCCAUGUGGGCUCAACUUCAGGAUCAAAUCAAGCUCCGCACCAAGCGACUCGCCAGCGCCGCAGAGAUUCACGGGUUUAACAGAGACUUGAACGAGCUGAUCACUCGUCUCCAGGAAAAGGAUUCCUCGCUCUCCAUGGAGGACCUGGGCCGAGACAUGGCUAGCGUCCAGGGCCUUCACCGGAAGCACGAAGGACACGAAAGAGACUUGGUUGUGGUGCAGCAACAAGUUGAAACAUUAACAGCUGAGUCAGGAAAAUUGCAAGCUGCAUAUCAAGGUCACACAGCUGAGAGCAUUAAAAAGCAUGAAGAAUUUGUACUGAGUUUGUGGGAUGAGCUGAAAAGGAAAACAACUCGGAAGAAAUGCAAGCUGCAAGAUUCAAGCGAUUUCCACAAGCUUAACAACGAGAUCCGGGACCUUGUGUCAUGGUGCAUUGACAUGAGCCGCACCAUCUCAUCUGGUGAACCUGUGCAUGACGUAGUAGACGCCGAGGCUCAGUUGAGGAGGAUUGACGAGCAUCGCGCUGAGAUGGAUGCGCGAGAAGAGGGCUUCCAAAAAGUCAUGGAGAUUGGCGAGAGGAUGAUUGACAAUGGCCACUUUGCAGCAGACGAGAUCGCAGAGAAGUUGGAACUGUUACUAACCGAACGUGAAAGUUUGUUUGCAACAUGGGAAGAUAACAAAACAGAACUCGAUCAAGCGUAUGACCUGCAGGUGUUUCUCAGAGAAGCGAAACAAAUCGAUACCUUAACAAGCACACAAGAGGUUGUACUCGCCGGAGCAGAACUGGGAAGUAGCGUGGACGAAGUCGAUUCGCUACUCAGGAAACACGAAAACACAGAGAAGCUCGUUGCCUCACAGGAUGAGAAAGUGGCAAAUCUUUGUGAAUUUGGAGACACUUUGGUAGCGAACAGCCACAGCGAAUCUGAGAAAAUACAGGGCAGAGUUCGUGGCGUGUGCGAACGGAGAAACAAAUUAAAUGAAGAGCUGCUGAAAAGAAGACACAAACUGGAGGAUUCGAGAAAGAUCGCGCAGUUUUAUCAAGACGUUGUUGAGGCCGAAUCCUGGAUAACAGAGAAGCUCCAAACUGCCAGCGAUGACAGUUACAAAGACCCAGCUAAUUUGGAAACUAAGCUACAGAAGAACAAGGCUUUUGAAGCGGAGCUUACUGCACACGAGGAAGCCAUUGACGCUGUUCGGGAAACUGGUGAAGAGCUUAUCACAUCUGGGCACUUUGCGGCUGACGAAGUGGAACGCCGAAUCGAGGCUCUGUACCUUCACUGGGAGGAACUCCUGGAGGCGUCAGCCAAUAAAGGAAAGAGAUUAGAGGAGGCGAGGGAUCAUCAGAAAUUUACCCAAGAAGUCCACUUAAUUGACUCGUGUAUCAGCGAAAAGGAAGCCGUUGUUUCUUCCGAUGACACUGGAAGAGACAUAGAGCAUUGCGUCCGACUGCAAAAGAAAAUGAAAGGAUUCGAUCAAGACUUAGCAGUAGAGGCUGCACGGGUAGAGACGAUCAACAAACUGGCCGAGAAACUCAUAUCGCAGGCACACGCUGGGUCUGCGGAUAUCACCCAACGUCAGAAGGCGCUGAACGAGCGUUGGAAUCGCCUGCAAGAUCGAGCCAGCGAGAGGCGUCAGCGGUUAGCAGAGGCUUGCGAGAUGCACGCGUUUGACAGAGAUUGUAAUGAAGUAUCUGAAAUGAUCAAUGAAAAGGCUGUGAUAUUUUCUAGUGAUGAUUACGGCCGUGACCUGCCUGGUGUCGAGGCUCUGUUGAGAAAACACGACGACCUGGAACGAGAUUUGACAGUCAUCGAAGGUAAAAUGGAGGCGCUCGAAAGCGAGGCUCGUCGACUGGCUAGGUCCCAGCCCCACAUGGUAGCCACCAUUCAGGAGAGGCAAAAAGGAAUUAUAGAAAACUGGGAACGACUGAAUGACUUGUUCGAUGAAAGGAAAGGUAAACUAGAAGCCAACCGACUCUUACAAAUUUUUCAAAUGGAUUACCGCGAUUUGAUGGCGUGGAUGACAGACCUAGCCACGCGAAUUUCAUCCGGGGAAGCAGCCAAGAAUGUCAGAGAAGCAGAGGCGUUGCUCGAACUACACACAGAGAGAAAGGGUGUGAUCGAGGCUCGCUUGGAGUCGUUCAACAGUGCGCAUGCGUUUGGGCUCAGUUUGGUGGACCAGGGACACUUUGCAGCAGAAGAGAUUCAAGAGAACUGCGAAGAAAUGAGUCUUGUCAAAGACGAGUUGUUGGAGUCUUGGGAAGAGAGACAAAUAGAGUUAUCCCAGUCUUUUGAAUUACAGCUGUUUCUACGGGACGCGGAUCAGGCCGACACAUGGAUUUCAACAAAAGAAGCGUUUUUGCAGGCAGACGAAUCAAGCGACAGCUUGGACACAGUGGAAACACUGCUUAAGAAUCAGCAUAACUUCGAAAAAUCACUGACAGCCUACGAAGAGAAGAUCAAAGCUAUACAACAAUCCGCUGACCAGCUCAUACAGAAGGACCACGUGGACUCGGGCCUAAUUAGCAAAAGAUGCAGAGAAGUGUUGGAAAACUGGGAACGACUGAAAACGCUGGCCACUGCAAAGAUUGGAAAUCUUGGUGAAUCAAGGAAGCUGUUUCAGUUCCUUAGGGAUGCUGAGGAGAUUGAAUCGUGGAUGAACGAGAAACUACAAACAGCUUCCGAGGCAUCGUACAGAGAAACAUCUAACCUACUUCAAAAACAACAAAAACAUCAAACUUUUGAAGCCGAGUUAGCUGCUAACAAAGGUCAGCUUGACAAUGUGCUUCGCGCUGGACAGACUCUGUCGGAAUCCACUCCCCAAUCACGUGAAACAGUGGAAACGAGGCUUAAAGAUGUCAAAGAGUUGUGGAAGCUUUUGGGUGACAUGUCGAGCAGUAAAGGUCAGCGGUUAAAGGAAGCGAUUCAAAGGCAAACGUUUGAGAAGAACGUUGGAGACUUGGAAACGUGGAUUUACGAAGUCGAAAAUACUUUGGCAUCAAAAGAUUUCGGUAAAGACGUGAAAAGUGCUAACAAUCUCAUCAAGAAGCAUCAGUUGCUCGAAGCAGACAUUACAUCUCGAGAGGAGAGAGUGAAUGAGAUACUGAGUCAAGCGAUAGAGUUUGUUGAGGCAGAUCAUUUUGAGAAGGAUGAAAUUGAAGACAGAGCGAAAGCGGUGGCAGAAAGAUUUAAGUGCCUUUCUGAGCCAGCUGAAGCACGAAGAAACAAACUGCAAGAUUCACUCGCUCUUCAGCAGUUCCUCUCUAAUGUGGAAGAAGAGCUGGCCUGGAUACGAGAUGAGGAACCGCUGGUCAAGUCAGAUGACUUAGGGCGCACCCUCAUCGGAGUUCAAAAUCUUGUUAAGAAACAAGAGACAGUGGACUCGGAGAUCACAGCGCAUGAACAGCUGAUAAAUACCGUUAUGUCUACCGCUGACCAACUCAUUGAGCGUGAGCAUUAUGCUUCCGACGAGAUCGAGGCUCGAUGUGCUGACUUGCAAGAAAAAUGGGCCGAGCUGACGAGUUUGUCAGCAACACGUCAUCAGAAUCUGCAGGAAUCCCUCAAGGCUCAGCAGUUCUACACGGAAGUUACUGAGGUGGAGACCUGGAUUCGAGAAAAGUUGCCACGAGUCUCCAGCGAUGACUAUGGCCGGGACGAAACUAUGGCCCAGUCCCUGCUGCGUAAACAUGAGACUCUGGAACUGGAAUUAGACAGUUAUAGGGCAAAAGUCGGUGAUCUCAGAAACACGUGCCAGGUGCUUGUAACAGCUGGGAAUUUCGACGCUGAAAAGAUUCAAAGACGCCAGUCGGAGAUGGAGACUCGUUUUGAACAACUGAGCGAAAAAUCCUCGUAUCGUCGCCAGCGUUUGUUAGAUUCCAACCAGCUGUUCAACUUUUUCCGGGAAGCCGACGAAGUUGAGUCGUGGAUUGCUGACAAGGAAUCGAUUGCCAUGUCGGAUGACUACGGUCGCGAUAUUGAGCAUGUAGAAACUCUGCUCAAGAAGUUUGAAGACUUCACGCGUGACUUGGUGACUUCUGGCGAGAGGAUUGCUAGUCUUACCACGCAAGCGCAAACUCUUCUGGAUGAGGGUCACAGCGAAGGAGAAGCAAUAGAGAAUCGUAUGGAGGAGGUUUGUUCUAUGUGGGACACAUUGAAAGAGAGAACCAACGCGCGCCUUGAAGCACUGGACCGAGCGAGAGAAAUCCACGCCUUUAAUCGAAAUGUGGAAGAUACAAGGGCCUGGAUCCAAGAGAAAGAGGCGGCUCUUAUGUUCUUUGACGAUGGGGCACGUGAUCUGAGUGGUGUCCAGGCCUUGCAAAGGAAGCAUCAAGGCUUCCAAUUGGAUCUGAAGGCCCUUGGAGAAAAAGUGCAAUCAAUCGCAAACGAAGCAGAGGACCUCGCUUUAAAGUUCCCUGAGGGUCAGGAACAUCUUACAGAACAAAGGGACGAGGUGGUGUCAUCAUGGCGUCGCUUACAGGAGAAAGCCAGCAGUAAAAAAUCCAACUUGACCCAAUCUGAGGAGCUGCAGAAGUUUUUAAAUGACUUCAGAGAUCUUAUGUCGUGGAUCAACCACAUGUCAUCUGUCCUCAAAGACGACGAACAGCCUGAUGACGUCACAAGCGCAGAAAACUUUCUGGCUCGUCACCAGGAGCACAAGGCCGAAAUAGACACGCGGCAAAAGAGUGUCAAUGAAUUCUUUGAAGCCGCUGAUACUCUCAUCGCCGAUGGUCAUUCUGCGUCUGCAGACGUUAAGGAAAAGAAGCAGCGACUUUAUAAAGAGUGGUUGGCGUUGCAAAACACAUGGCAGGAGAAGGGCACAGAAUUAGAACGAAGUAAAGAAGUGCAGGUCUUCAAACGAGAUGCUGACCAAUUAGAGGCGUGGCUUAAUGCACGUGACCUUGAUCAGGAGUCCGGUGACGUGGGCGACUCGUUGGAUGCUGUGGAGGAAUUGAUAAAGAAACACGAGGAGUUUGAGAACAUGGUACUAGCGCAGGAGAUGAAGUUGUUGGGAAUUAUAAAACUGACUCCACAGGAACAAGGAAUCCAUAAACAGAAGGAAGAAGAAAAUGAGAUGAGGAAGGAAAGAGAGAGACGGAAGAAGGAAGAGGAAGAAGAAAGGAUAGAACAGGAGUUGAGGGAAAAGAAAAGACAGGAAGAAUUGAGGCGAAAAGAGGAAAAUGAUCGGAAAGAAAAAGAAAGGAAACAACGGGAGGAAAGAGAAAAAUUACGGGCUUUGGAGGAUAGAAAGAGGGCUGAGGAAACAGCGAAAAUGGACGAGAAAAGGAAGAAAGAAGCGCAAAGACAGCGCGUGAUUCCUGAGGAACAAAGGACGCAAGGUGAACAUAGGAAUGCACGUGAUCGAUUCGAUAAAAAUCAAAACUACAAACAGCCAAGUCAGAUUGGUAGUCCAAAAGAUGAGCGCCAGGCUUCCUCAACAUCAGUUAUUGAGGGAAUCUUGCAGCGCAAACAGGAAUUUGAACCGGGUGCGAAAAAGUCGCCGUUACGUGCAUGGAAGACGCUGUACACUGUACUUCGCGGUCACCAACUUUUCUUCUAUCGCGAAAAGAAGGACGCGCAGAGUUCAAACUAUGCUGUCCCUCCCAUUGACGUGAAAGAUGGCUUCUGCGAGGAAGCUAGCGAUGCUGCAAGAAGGAGGAACGCUUUUAGAGUCCUCUGUGAUGACGACUCUGACUAUCUCUUUAUAGCGAAAGAUCCUUCCGAUCUUAAGCGCUGGCUCCGAUGCAUUAGCGAAGCGGCUGGCCAAACGGACCUACCCAGUCCUCCUCCGCCACCUCAAGGUGCACGGCCAGUAAGUCUAAAGUCUCCACCACGAACCAAAGGCGAGGAAAGCCCGGAAUCCCCGAAGCGAACACAGCCUUACGGUCGAACUUAUAAACCAUUAAUCACCGUUACGAGCUUUGAUGACGACGAGGACGUCCUCAUAGAUCCCCCACCCCCUCCCCCUGUUAGUAUCCUCCCUCCCUCUAUUCCUUCAGACUUUUCCAACAUUGGUGUACCUGUGGGCGGCGAUCUCAAAGAUAAACUUUACCUCGUAGAGGAUUUAGAGAGCCUUCCAUUAGAGCCGGAUGAUCCCCCAACCGUUCCUCCCCCGGAUUUUGCUGACUUUGACGGCCCCUCCGAUGACGAGCUUCCUGUUUUACCGACAUCACCUCCACCAGAGUUUCUUUCUGACGAUGAGAAUGCUUUUGAUAACGACUUUGAAGAUUCCUCUCCUGCUUACAAACCUUCAUUAAUGCAUCACUCUGCUGCAUCUCCCAAGGAGAAGACAAGACCGACCCCUCCCCCAGUGGCACCUAAGCCGGAGGGGCGCACGCGAUCAGACUCUAAUGACUCGCUGCAAAAAGGUCCAAAACCUCUCGUCAAACCUAAACCCAUUUUUGACAGAACUCAUCUGCAUGGACAGCGGUCAUCAGAUAAUGGGCAUGCCCAAGACAUUCCCAGCCCUUUACGGUCAACGGUACACAGCGUGGAGAGUCCGCCUGACGACAAAAAGAACGAAAAAAGGAAAGGAGUUUUGGGGAACAUUUUCAAGAGGAAAAAGUGACACAUGAUAAAAAAUCAAUUUUUUAAAGACACAUAGAAAUCAAUUUUUUAAAGUAGGAAUUAGCACUUUCUGAAGUGUUUAGAAUCACCAGUUGUGAAGAAUGCAUUUUUAAACUGCUACACCUAUUUUCAUU